AAAAAGAAAUGGGCCCAGGAUAUUUCCUUGAGGAAGCCUCUCACUAAUAUAGUUCCAAUCCCUGAGAAACGCUGCAGAAUCAUUCUGUCAAGUAUGUGACCUCAGUUUUAACAAUGUAUUAUUUCAUAGUUAUGCUGAACCGGCAUAGGGUCAUUCAUUGGGUCCGUUUUCACUCGCUAGUUUUAAGUACUUAUUGUUUUAGCUGCUAGGUGUACUGUUCGUUCUUAUAUGUCGUGGGUAAAAAGCCAAUUAUUGUAUCUGUGGCUAUUAUGGCUUGUCUAUGUUAGUGGAUUUUAUGUUGUGUUUUACUCCUUUAUGUAAUAGUUUUGUUUCGCUGAUGUAGUUUGUGUGGGAACGCUGGGGUUUGGUUUGCAAGUCGGUGAACCCAUGAUGAACCGGCAUAGGGUCACUUAUUGGGUCCGCCUUCAAUGGGCUUAAAUGAGGAACUGUCAUUUUGUCGGGCUUACAUGUCGUUGGAACCCAAAACCCGUGAGUGAAGACGGACCCAAUUAGUGGCCAGUGCCGGUUCAGAAUGUAUUUAGUACUUGUUCAUACCAUUCCGUUAUUUGAUCUUCUUUUGGCCUUGAACUAUUGUACAUCUAGCCUUCUACAUUCAUUGCUUGAUGUUACCGGCCCCCGGAAGGCGGCCCCCAACGAGCCAGCACAGCCCCCAAGACCGGCCAGGAAGGACACCUGGGCUCUCCAUUUGUAACGGGAAAAUUCUCAACAUAAUAGACUGUUCCCGAUGGUAGAUAAAAACCUUACAUUGUAAACUUUGGAAAAGUCCAACACCAUCACCCCGGUCCGGAGCAUAACGCCGGAGAUGUCCCCCAACGGUCCCCGGGCGCCACUAUGCCUCAAGGAUGGUUAUAUAUCUUAAAUAUCUAUGUCGUUAUCGGUGAUGAAUUUGUAUACGGUAUCUAGUAUUGCAAUGCAGUUUGUAGUUUAGUAUUAAGUUUACCGAGGUGGUGAGAGGGAUUUUACAUUUCUUGAGCGCUUUAAAAAUAUGUUCUCUUCCGGUAGUCUUCAGCGGGCAUCCCAGUAUGAUGUGGUUUGCGUCCGCCGUUGAGGUAUCGUCGCACGAGCAUUUGCUUGUUUGCAUAAUUCCUAUCUUAUGCAGGUGUGAUGGGAGUCUAUUGUGGUUGAACCUCAGUCUACAUAUAGGGGUAAAGAAUUUUCUAUUUCUUUUGACGUUUGAAAACCACGGUUUAGACUAGAUGUUCGUUGGGAGGCAGAGUACCAGAUGCCUUUGCUUUUGGAUGAUCGUUCGUACUCGCUUAUCCAUUUCUUACGUACUAAGACUGUAUUAUGCGAUACAAUGUCCCAGGCUGAGAUCUCUGUGAUGUCGUUUCCCGAUAGAGCAGCCUCCUUUGCCGAUGCAUCAACCCGCUGGUUAAACCGGUUGCUUUUAUGGCCUUUGACCCAGAGAAGAUGAAUACCGCUUCCGCAGGCUAACAAAAUGAUUUUGAUCUCUAAGAUAAUGGGAUCUUCAGGAGUAUCCGUUUUCUUCAGGGCCGUCAGAACCGGCUGUCCGGACAAAUUGUGGUCUUGGCUCGUUUUGUCUGUUUAAUGUAUUUUAUAGCUUCCCUUGUGGCUAUAGCUUCAGCGGAGAAGAUCGUACACAAAGGUGUAAGUUUAAACUGCCUGGAAUAGUCAUUAUUUAUAUUAAGUAUUGCGGCCGCCACCCCAUACUGGGAUUUUGAGCCAUCUGUAUAAACUACCGUAGCCAGGGGGCUUCUACCAGUCUCAAAACAGACCUUAAUAUAGUCCUGUUCACCUUUCUAUUCCUGUAGGCACGUUAUAACCUUAGGUGAGAAGAGUGGAAUAAGCCAGUGGAGUUGUUUGACGAGCGGAUGAUUUUUCCCAGAAAGAUGCUUUUCGUUUUCAUAUGAGUUUCAAGUAGUGGGGGCGUGACUCUAGGUGGUUUGUGGAGUUCACUAAAGGCUGUGACAACCAAAGCAUCCAGUCCCAUAACUACUGGAUGGUUGGGAUCGUGCAUUCGAGUAGCUACGAAUUUUGUUGUUAGUCGUUUCCUUCUUAGAUUAUUUCAUCUUUGUAACCAUUCCAUGAGAGUUUUCACCCUGGACAAGUGUUAAAAUGUUGAGCAUGUGCACAUAGUACGCGAGUAUGUUGAAUUACUCAAACGCGUUUCGGCGAACACCAGCAUCAACCAAAAAAGCCAGGCUGAAAGGACUUGUUCCUCACUGAAGAUGGCACAAACCCGAAAACGUUUUGGUAAUUCAAUAAACCCGCGUGUGAAGACACCUAUUUCGGACCAGCAUGGUUUGACUAUGAUAGAAUACGUUGUUAACACUGAGGACAUUACCGCAUUUGGGUUUUAUUUGUUUUUUUAUUGGUUGAGAAUAAAUAAAAUAUAAAAAACAUUUGGACGCAUUAUUUAUAUUGUGAAAGUGUAGAAAUAGAGACAUAUGGUAAUUUUGUAGUUUUUUUUUAAACUUUAGAUAUCUUUUAGUUUUUGAAAUAAUGAAAGUAGUACAAAUUCAUUUUGUCUCAAUUCUUGGAUUGUUAGUUUCUGUAUCGGCUCGACCGGAAGAAGAAGUCGGCAACAUCAUCCAAGGCCGGCAGGCUGAACCGAACGAGUUCCCCUUCGUCUGCAGCAUCCAGGAUCGUCUUGGGGAAUUACGGUGCGGAGGGAUUAUUAUAACGGCGAACACAAUCCUAACCGCUUGCCACUGCCUUGGGAAAUAUUUUACCGAUCAAUUCAAAUUGUUCAACCCCAAGAAUAUGAUAGUAGUAGCCGGAAGUGAGGACAUGAAAGGGUACCAUGGGCAAAAAAGGGAAGCCGCUUAUAUCAUCAACCACGACAAAUGCAAACAGGUCACACACGGCUGGACGUACGACUACGGUGUCAUUAACCUCCUGCGUCCUUUCUUUUUUGCCGACAACAUCAAACCUAUCAAAAUAUAUUCCAGGGACCUCCGAGCGGUGAAGAAGGAACUGCAACGCAUGCAGCGUUCGAGGACGAAAUGCACUGCAGUCGGCUGGGGCACGCAGAACGUCACAUCGGGCACUUACUCAAAUAUAUCCUCACAUUUAAAGGUGAUCGAGACCACAAUGAUUCCCGACGACGAGUGUCAACAACUAUACUGCAAACAUGAAAAGGAUAUGUGCAACAAAUUGGAUCUACGCGGCCAGUUCUGCGCUUUAGGCGUUAACGGCAGCGACGUCUGCACAGGCGACUCCGGCGGUCCUAUAAUCUGCAACGGCUUCGUUUUCGGCAUUACUUCCUGGGGGAUCGCCUGCGGGGAAAUCGGCGUCCCGAGUGUCUUUUCCUCCAUUGAGCACGCUUUCCAGUUUGCAUUGCCGAGGAGAAACGACAUUGUGCAAAUGUCAAAAUCAAGCCCGCCCUACAUCAUACCACCGUGGUUCUCUAUCAUACUAAUAGCCGUUUUACACUUUCUCUACUACGGUCACACAAUCAAUUUUGGAAAAUAAUAAAAGAUUUUGGUUCUAA